AUGGAUAGAAGCUUACAGACCACAGAUCACAGUGAAUCGCCACUCCUUCGGCCCAUAAGCACUGUCAUCAGCCAUAGGAGAGAAAAUGAAGGAAGCCCCCAUGUAUACGCUUGCCAUAAAAAGUGCCAGGUUAUGCUGAAUAUAGCUCUAGAAACAAGCCCAUAUGCCAAGUUGCUUUUGGGUGCAAUGAAGCAGCAUGGAUGCACAGUUUACAAAGACAGACACUUUUCUUGUGAAGAAUGCGAUGUCAGUCGAGAAACGGCUGAAAAAGCAGUGGAUGAAGUAUUUGAUUCCUGCUUCAAUGACCAUGAGCCAUUUGGACGGAUCCCCCGCAGCAAAAAAGACGCAAAAUAUGCUUAUAGGGACUUUACAAAUUGUUUAUUUUGUUGUGGUUACCCCCCACCUAAAAUGUAA